GCGGCGGUGGCGGUGACGGCAGGGCCUGCUCGGGGCUGGGUCCGCGCAGGGGCUGGUUCCGCGCAGCGGCGUCCGCGCCUCAGGCUCCGUCCUCCGCACUCGCUCUCCAGGCGUCCGCACGGCCAUGGUGGUGGUGGCCCCGAGCCCGGCCCCGGCCCCGGCCGCGCCGCAGGUGCUGCUGCUCUCCUCCGGGAAGCCCCCCGCGGCCGGGGCCGCCCCCGCGGCCGGCCGCGCCCUGCCCCUCGUGCUGCCCCCCAGCCCGGAGGCGCCGAGCGCGGCCCCCGGCGCCGGCCAGAGCCCGGCCCGCAAGCGGCAGCGCCUCACGCACCUGAGCCCGGAGGAGAAGGCGCUGCGCAGAAAAUUGAAAAACAGAGUAGCAGCACAAACAGCUCGAGACAGGAAGAAAGCCCGAAUGAGCGAACUGGAGCAGCAAGUUGUGGACUUGGAAGAAGAGAACCAAAAACUUUUGAUUGAAAACCAACUUUUACGUGAGAGAACCCAUGGGCUUGUUGUUGAAAAUCAAGAGUUGAGACAGCGCUUGGGGAUAGAUGCCCUAAUAACCAAGGAGGAACCAGAAUCCAAGGUGAAUGAUGUCCGGUUGGUGGCCGGGUCUGCUGAGUCCGCAGCACUCAGACUACGUGCGUCUGCAGCAGGUGCAGGCCCAGCUGUCACCCUUCCCGAACACGCCCCUGUGGAUUCUGACUGUGUUGAGUCUUCAGACUCUGAGUCUGAUAUCUUGUUGGGCAUUCUGGACAACCUGGACCCAGACAUGUUCUUCAGAUAUGUUAACACAGAGUACUGCAUGGAGGAGCUCAAAGAAGUGGGUGCAGAGGAGCCCGACUCCGUACCAGCCUCCCCUUCUCCCUUGGUGGGGCCCCCAUCAGCCAAGCUGGAAGCCAUUAAUGAACUGAUACGGUUUGACCACGUGUACACCAAGCCACUCAUCGUGGAGAUUCCCUCGGAAACAGAUGGUCAAGGCAGCGUGGUAGUGAAAAUUGAGGAAGCCCCCCUUAGCCCGUCUCUGAAACCAGACCCCCCUGAGCCGCUCACUGUGUCAGUGAAGGAAGAGUUCCUGGAGGACGACUUCAUCCCAGAGCUCGGGAUGGAGAACCUGCUCUCCUCCAGCCCCUGCCUCAAGCCCUCUCCCUGCCUGCUGGAUGCUUGUAGUGACUCUGGCUAUGAGGGCUCUCCGUCCCCUUUCAGCGAGAUGUCCUCCCCCCUGGGCACAGGCCACUCCUGGGAAGACACUUUUGCCAAUGAACUCUUUCCUCAGUUGAUCAGUGUCUGAAAUAGUAUUGUUGGCUCGUUGUCCAAAUCAUUGUAUUGAACCCACAGUCUAAAGGCAGCGAAUGGCCCGGUGCCGGUGAAGGCAGCCAUUCCCUGGAGUGUUCGGUCCCUAGGACCUUGUGGUCCAUUGGCCAGGCUUGGCCAGAGCCCCUCCGGUAUUGUCCUUGGCUGACUCCUGCAGCCUUGAAGCAAGUGUGGACUCACCUUGUCACUAUGAUAUCCCACCACCUGAGUAAGAUAGGAAGUUGAGAUCUUGAUUCCUUUUUUCUCCCUUCCUAUUUUGCCUCUUUGUUUAGUAAAGUCCUUAGUUUGCUUGUGUGAGCAGAGAAAAUAGCUGUUGGAGGGGCUUGCUUUUCCAUUAUGUACAGUUGGAUAAUGUGAACAUUAGGAAAAAAUCUUUUGUAAAGUUAGAGAAAUUUACUGUGUAAAUGCUCGAUGAUAUGAAUUCUUUCAUGUGAGCUUGGCUUUGGGGAGGUGCUUUCUCCAUUUUAUUUAAAACUACCCGUGCAAUUAAAAAGUGCAAUGCA